UGUUGUUGUGACUCGGUGUUGUUACCUGGCUCCCUCUCCAUAGCUGCUCGGAUUCCUGCGGCGGGGGGGAUUCGCUGCGCAGAUCGCUGGGGGGGAGAGAGAGGAGCGGGCUGUCCCGGCUGUGUCUAUCGGAGAGCGGGGGUCCCGGAGCAGGAUGGCCGCUCUGUUAGGAGAUGAUGACUUUGAUCAGUUUGAUAAGCCUGGUGCGGAAAGGUCUCGAAGAAGACGAACUGCUGAUGACUGGGACAGUGAACUUGAGGAUGAUCUAUUGGAAGAAGAUUACUUGUCUGGGAAAAAGAUUUCUCCAGAUUUGUCAGAUGAAGAGCUUAAUGAUGAUCUCCUUCAAAGUGAUGAAGAGGAGCAACAGCAAAGUUACAGCACCCAAGGUGUCUUGGUUAGCCUCAAUGCUACUGCCGGAGAGCACCCUUCAUUUGAUCUCUCCAAGAGCAUGAACGAGGAACCUGAAACAGAGGAACCUGGAUAUGAAGAGGGUGACAGUGAAGAGAUUUAUGAUGAGCCUGAGAUUCCCACUGGAGAUUUUGUAGAGUCGUAUGAUGAAAAUGAAAAUGACUCUGAACUGGCAGCUGAACAUAUAGAAUAUGUGGAUGAAGAGGCAGAUGAGGUGUUGGACCUGGAAAUCAAUGAACCUUUAGAUGAAUUUCAAGAGGAAGAUAAUGUCCAGCUGUACAAAAAGCAAGAAGCAGAAGAUGAACAGCAUUAUGCAGAAGAUGUUAUGGAAGAGACCACAGAAAUUCAAGAUAUGACCAAUGAUACUCCUGAAGAGGGUAACGUUGAAUCACAAGAAUUCCAAGAACUGCCGUCUGAAAUAAAAGAAGAUUCCGAUGAAGAGGAUGAAGAAGAAGAGGAAGAAGAAGAAUGUGGGCGAAUCAGAUUCAAAACUGAACGUAAGGAAGGGACAAUCAUUCGCCUUUCUGAUGUAACCAGAGAAAGAAGAAACAUCCCAGAAACAUUGGAGCUUUCUGCAGAAGCCAAAGCAUCUUUAAUGGAGUUUGAGGAAAUGGAGCGCCAGCGCAAGAUGGGGCGAUAUGCCUCACGAAGAGGUGGGAGGCGUGGGGGCAACAAUACCAUGCACCGAGUAAUGGUGGAUCAUAGGCAUGAAAUCCAUGAACGAAGAAACAUGAGACCACAAAGGCCAAUGCAAGGGCAGCCCAUUAGAAGCCUGUUUCAGCAGCCACAGCAACAACAGAUCCAGCCCCUGCUUCCAAUGCCACGACAUCGUAAUCCUUCAACUGUGUCCUCCAGUCCACAGCAGAACAAUCAACAGGACAAGCAACGGGGAAAUGCUCUUCUAAACUCCCCUCAACAACCUAAAAACAUACACAUAAAUCCCCAUUUUAAGGGGAAUGUGGCACCUGUUCAAGUUCCUUUGUUACCAGUACCAAACCAGCCUCGCCCUCCAGUGGCACCUCCCAGAUUUCCAGGCAUGCCAGAAUUCCAGCAUGUCCCAAAUCCUGUGCAAGGAAACUUUAACCAGCACCCCAGACUUCAAGAACCAUGGAGAAAUCCACCACCCCAGCCAGAGAGGGAACCAUUCUUCAUCGGAGAGCCACGUUUUCCAAACCACCAUAUGUUCGAUCAGCGAAAUCCUCCACCUAUUCCUCCACCUCCCCUUCUAAACAACCACCAAGUUCCUAACCAGAAUCAGAUGCCAUUCAAUCAACCUGGGCAAGGAUUCAACACCCCAGGACCACAGCCAAGGUUUCCUCAACCACAACCAAACUUCAAUCAGUCAGGCCCAGGGACACAGCAAGGGUUUAACCAGCCUGGGCCCCCACAACCAGGUUUUAACCAGCCUGGUUUUAACCCACCUGGCCCCAUGCCCAACUUCAAUCAGCCAGGCCCUCAACCUGGAUUUAACCAGCCUGGUCCUCAGCCGAAUUUUAAUCAGCCAGGUCCUCAGCCAGGAUUUAACCAGCCUAAUUUUAAUCAACCAGGCCCACAACAAGGAUUUAACCAGCCUGGCCCUCAUUCCCAAUUUACCCAGCCAGGCUUCAACCAGCCACCAGGUUCUGGGCCACAGCCAGGUUUUAAUCAAAGUGGCCCUCCUCCUCAGCCAGGAUUUAAUCAGCAAGGCCCCGGUCCACAACAAGGAUUUAACCAGCCAGGAUUUUCCAGAGAGCGUCCUGUGCGACUGAAUAUGCCCUCUCCAGCCCCCAUGGGGAUUCCUCCCUUUAAUCAAAACUCUCCAAAUAUAAGACAUUUCCCUCCUCCAAGACAACCCUUUCCACCAGGCCCGGGACAGCAAUUUAUUCCUCCUUCUCAGCCAAAUAUGCAGGGUCCAUUGCAACCUCCAAUGCAGCAAAUGCACCAGCAUCAUCACCUUUCAGGCCCUCCAAAACUUCCAGUGCCCAUGCAGCAGCCUCAGCAACAGUUUAGAACACAUUCACAGAAUCAGCAGACACAGUCAAACAGAAUGCAGGGACAACAGCGACAAGGUCCACCUAAACCAAGACCGAAUGCCCCUGGUCAGAAUAUGGGGAUGGUUCCCAACCAGCAAGGCCAGCAUGCAAGGAAUAGCAACUUGCGUGAAUUGCCCAUAGCACAAUCUCAGUCUUUGAACAUGGGCAAGAAAAGAUUGGAGUCAGCUCCUGCUGCUCAAGUCAAACCAGUGGGUACCACAGCACCCCAAGCAAGAGCUUUGAAUACUCGAAAUCCACAGACGAAACCCCCAAAUACAUUCAACAAAGUCAAAGAAGUUGCUAAAAUUGAAGAACAGUUUCCUGAUGAGGAUGAAGAGACCAGGAAAUAUCGUUUGAAAAUUGAGGAACAAAAGCGAUUAAGAGAAGAAAUCCUGAAACGUAAGGAGCUACGGCGCCAACAGCAAGCUGGGGCACGGAAAAGAGAGCUUCUUGAAAGACUUUCUCAACAACAUCAAACUGCUGUUCCGCACCAAGGUCAGGUUGAACAGGAGAAACCUGCCGUACCGUCUUUAAAUAACAGUAAUCAGACAAUGCCUCAAACUAUCCCGCAGACUAGGCCGAAUGUCAAACCCAGAGCACUUACUGCUAAGCCUGAUGGCUUGCAGGCACCAUUACCACAGAAGAUCUCUGCAAUUCAGUCAACCACUGGACCCUGUGCACAGAUUCAAGGACCACGAAAGAAAAUUGUAAAGCAAGGUGUACCUAACAGGAUAGUGACUGAAAACAUCACUCAGAAUGUACAGCAAGUACAACCUACUGUUUCUGGAGCACCAAUAGGGCCUAAACAGACUGUAAAAAUCGCCUCUGUUCAGGGGAAACCACAGGAACUGAGACAGGCUGCUGCUAAAAGGACUGUGAUGCAGAGGUCAAACAGUGGAAGUUGUGAUGGGCCACACAUCGCCCCUAAAGUCCGUGUCAUUAAGUUAUCUGGACCGGAAGGAGAUAAUGUUUUAGUUCCGUCACCUGGCAAUGCUCAGAUGCCAUCAACUCAACAGAGAACCCAAGUUCUGCCCAAACCACAGUUCCAGCAGCGACUACAGCAGCAGCAAAGGCAAGGGCCAGUUCGGAAAGUCACACUCGGCAAAGGAAGUGUUCAGAAUCCGUAUCUUUCCCAGCAGUACCAGGGCCAACCACGACAACCGCAUCUCCAAGCAAACUCUCCCAUCCCUCAUUUGGUUAACAGCAUCCAGGGACUUCAUCAACCCAAUAAGGUCAUUAUGCGUGGCAGAGGCAGAGGAGUAGCUGGACAGAUGGGCCGAGGACGCUCUAUGCCAAAUAAACAAAACCUCCGCGUGGUGGAGUGCAAGCCUCAGCCGUGUGUCGUGUCAGUUGAAGGGCUUUCUUCGUCAACCACAGAUCUCAAACUGAAAAACCUGCUGAUGUCAGUAGGACCUAUCCAGUUGGCAGAUCACACCGUGGAGCGCUGUGCAGUAGAGAGAGCUACAAAAAAUGAGUUUCCAAAUGCUUCCUCAUCUGCGAAAAGCCAUAGCAACAUUUAAAGAACCAUGUCAUGCUUCAGCUUUUCAACAAAAGUUUCACAGACAUAUGAUAGAUUUGUCACACAUCAAUGUGUCACUGGUCGGGGAAUGAUGCACUCGGUUUGCCCAGAAGCUGUAAUGACUGCAUUUCUCCCAAGUUAAAGAUGAAUACAAAAGACUCUGAAGAUUCUGAAUUUCUUGGAUUUCGUAACUGAACACUUACAAAGAAAAAAAGUAACGGAAGGAAGUUCUCAAGUAUUUUUCGGGAGAGACUUUUAGUUCACUGCAGCGCACAGGCUUCAUUUGAGGCAGCAACCACACAGACAUUUGCUUAAAUUUCUUAUUUUUGUUUUUUUGUUCUUAAAUGUUGUCCUUGCAUGUAAGUCUGACCUGCGUAAACAAAAACUAAAUUUGCAGGUUUAAAUAGAACACAAAAAUUACAAGAAGAAAAAAUUAUUUCUAGGAAGGAAUACUUGAUAAUGGUUACUCUGGUCUUCAGAGUAGGAUAAAAAAAAACACAUAUUUCAGUUUGUGUUUAAGUGUUUUUCAUGGAUGCUUGAGGUUCAGGCAGUAGAACUGAAAAGUAUUUUGUUUGGUUUUUUUAAACAUUGUAAACCAAUACGCCUUUU